AUGUUGUCCAGCGGCACGACCCCAGUGGAGCGAGCGUCGCGGCAGCCGGAGUCGCCCUCGACGGGCACUGAUGUGGCGAGUCAGAGUCAAACUUCUCUCUUUUCCGCGACCCGGGUGUAUGUGCGCGUUCGCCCCUUCAACCAUCGUGAGAAACAGGAGAGCGCGCAGCCGCUGAUGAGUACGCUGGAGCUUGCCCCUCAAGAAGGCAUAAUCACCGUUUUGGAUCCCUCCAAUAGUUACAGGCCGCAGCUUACCUACGCGUUUGAGCACUGCUUCGAGUCCAAGGCGGCUGAAGAAGAGGACGGCCAGGAGAGCGUGUAUCAACACGUAGGCCGCUCUGUGCUACAUAACGUCAUUGAAGGCUACAACGGCUGCAUCUUCGCCUACGGUCAAACAGGGAGCGGUAAGACGUAUACCAUGCUUGGGCCAGCUGGCCUGGCGGCACUGGAGACUCAGCAAGACGGGCGACGAGGCUCCUCUCGGGUGGGGACGCCGCGUGUGAGCAGAAAUAGAUGCACCCCUGGCACAACCCCGUUGAGGCUUGAAAAGUCACUGGUGCCGUCGGAGACGCCAGUUGACACUGAAAGUGUACUCAUCACUGACGAUAACGCUCAAGCUGUGGAGGGCCUUAUCCCGCGUCUGGCACGUGAUAUUUUUCACUCACUGCAUCGCAAGCACAAAAAGAGUAGUUCACACUCAUUUCGUGUCGAAAUUGAGUACUAUGAAAUUUAUAAUGAAAAAGUGUUUGACCUCCUUGUUAACGAAUCCACCAGUGACAAAACUGAACUGCAGUUGCGGCACCAGCCAACGUGCGGCGCUUAUGUGAAGGGGCUUGUGCGGAAAAAUGUUGUGGAGGAAAAAGACUUGCUGAAGUGGAUCCGACGCGGAAGUGUGGAGCGUCACACGGCCUGCACAAAGGUGAAUGAUCGCAGUAGUCGCAGUCACGCUAUCUUUUGCCUUCACAUUGCGCAGCUAACGUUGGACGAGAAUGACAACGGCGGUCGUGUCAGCAGCAAGUUGAACCUCGUGGACCUCGCCGGCUCCGAGCGCACGGGCGCCAGCGGGGUGGAGGGGAAGCUGUUCAGGGAGGCAACCAAGAUUAACCUCUCCCUCACCGUCCUCGGACGCGUCAUUGACGCGCUCGCGGACCUUUCCACUGGGAAACACGGCAUUUUCUGCCCCUACCGCGACUCCAACCUCACGUGGCUGCUGAUGGAUUCGCUUGGAGGAAACAGCAAGACCUCCAUGGUGGCAACCGUCUCCCCGAACCCCCUGCAUUACGAGGAAACGUGCCAAACGCUACGCUACGCUGCACGCGCCAAACAAAUCGUCAACAGAGCCAUAGUUAAUGAGGACCCACAAGUGCGCCAGAUAAAGACAUUGACGGCUGAGCUGGCACGACUUCGGCGUCUCUUGUGUGAGCGGCCGCAGCUUGAACACCGCAAUGAAGGCGUGGAGCGGCUUCAAGACCGAGUCCUGCAACUGGAGCAGGAAGUUGCGGACCGCGACUUUACCAUUGAUGAGCUCCGAUCCCAGCUGCUGGAAAAGAAUGUUGCGGAGCUGAAAAGUCUCGAGGAUGAAAACAGACGCCUGCAUCAUGAGGUGAAGGAGUUUAGGCACACCAACAUGACGGUGCAACGACUCCAGAACGAACUCAGUGCGGCCACCAAAGAAACUGAGCAGCUUCGUGCCCAGCUGGCGGUACUGGAGAAGGAGAAAAAGGAGCAGAUGAUGUCUCGUUUGGUUGUUCCCUCUGCCAACUCACCGAUGAAGGGCGCGGCAGGAGAGGCUACGGGCGGCCCGCAGGCGCAACUGGGAUAUUUCACUUUGCAAGCCUUAAACCGUCUUGGGAUUGGCAUUGAGGGAGGCAACUACGCACGUCUCAUCGAUGCCGUGACACGCUGCGCUCUACAAGCAACGCAGCAGUAUAAGGACAUGCUGCAGAAGAACGCCGCGCUGAUCGACUCCCAUAGCUGGGCCUUGCGGGAGAGCCUGCAAAAGUUGGAGAGCAAGGAGCGGGCAGUUCUCAGCGCCACCGGGGAAAAACUUGUCGCAGCGUUUGAAAGGGCCAGUGCCAAACAAGGAAAGCGAACUGAGAUGCAACUGGAGCGGGCAACGUCGUCCUCGCCGCCAAAAAAAAGAAGGAGAAGUCAGCCGCGCAGUACGAGGAGGAAAUACAACAGAGUCAGAAAGAGCUUGCAAAGGUGA